AUGGGCUUUUUCUCAACAACAGAACUCAGGUCAACAUUCAAGAAGCCAUUAUCUGAAAUACACAGUGCUUACAAAUAUGUCAGGUUGGAAAAUCGGUUAAAAACACUACUCAUAUCCGACCCCAAGUGCAACGCAACGGCUGCUGCCGUAUGCGUUGGUGCAGGCUCACAUAGUGACCCGGACGAGCUACCUGGGUUGGCCCAUUUCUGCGAGCAUAUGCUUUUUAUGGGAACGGAAGAAUUCCCCAACCCCAAUGACUUUUGGUCAAAAAUGACCUCAAUGGGAGGAAAUGCAAAUGCGUAUACCAUGGGUGAUUACACAUGCAUAUACUUUGAAGUUUUAAUGACCGAUACAUUAGUCGGCGAGGAGUGGGGCCUAAAUUACUUGAUGAAGAAUUUCAGCUCCUUCUUUAGGAGUCCGCUCUUUUUGAUGAAUUCUAUGAAUAUGGAGGUUAAAAGCGUGGACGACGAGCAUCAGGGAAAUAUUGUCAAUGAUGAGAAGAUCUUGUAUCACGGGUUGAGGCUACUUAGUAGUGAGACUCACCCUUUCCACAGAUUCGCAACCGGUAAUAAAAAUAUACUAAACUCGAAACGUACUCGGAAAGAAAUGAUCAAGCACUACGAGCACAAUUUUGUAUCAGAAAACAUGGUCUUGGUUCUAAAGGGACCUCUAUCUUUGAACCAAUUGCAGAAAUUGGCAGUGUCAAAUUUCGCCAACAUUCCUCCAUCUAAUGAUUCGACAGAAAAAUCGUCUAGUGGAAGGAUGCAAAAAAAGCCAAAAUCGAGAGGUUCAUUUGAUAUUUCCGUUUCCAGUGUAUCCUCAUGUGAUGUGGGAUCAGAGAUAUUUCCACCGGCCACUACUGGGAGGCUACUAUACAUCAAGAGCGAGACUGCUUCCAAGGUGAGGCUUUUUUUACCAAUACAUGACCUUGAGAAUUCAUUUUAUGAAGGUGUGUGGUGCUCGUUAUUCGGAGAUGAGUCUCUAGGAUCAAUGUGUUAUUACUUAAAGAGAGUCAAGAAUUACGUUUCUUCUGUGUAUGUUUUCACCCAGUGUUUAUCAAAGGGAAACAAAAUAUUAGUCAUAGACCUUGAAAGUUCCAAGCCUUUUAACUUGGACCUGGUGAUUCAUGCUAUUUGGACCUUUGUCGACCAAAUAUUGAAUCCAAGAUUGACGGAUUUGGCUGCGGUAUUGCACGAGUAUUCGCGAGUUUUUAAAUACCAGGCGUAUUUCUCACAGGAAGAGAGCUCUUCAGUAAUGGAAGAGGCUGCGAACUAUGCGCUUUCCUUACAUGAGAAUAAAAUUCGCGAUUUAGAGCAUUUGGUCACCGGUGAUUCCUUUAUAUUUCAUGGAAAGGUGGAUCAUUUUGUAGUGGAAAUAAAAGAGGUUUUUGAUAUCAGGAAUUUGAAUGUUAUAGUACUAUCGAAAGAGACCGAUUGGGGCUGGAUGUUGCCGAAUAACCUUUCUAAGGACCCUUAUUAUCGAUUCCAGUAUGCAAUCAUCAAUUUGAACUACCCAUAUCCUAGAGAGUCAAUUCCUAACUUUUUUAUCCUCCAGCAGAAUCGAUUUAUCGAAAUGUCUCACAGCGAGUUAGAUGAUCAACUAGAUGCUUCACAACAUACGGCCGCAUAUUUGCUAGAAGAAAGCAACUUACCUAAUUUGAUUGACUUUUCAAUGUAUCAUGAGAUUUGGCACUCGCCAACUUUAACACUCAAUGUUAUGACUUCAUUCCAAAUUUGCUUUGCAAGUGUUUCCAACACACCUUUGAGUUUGGUAGGUAUUGAGGCAAUUGCUGAAUAUGUGGGCGAAAAACUAAGGAGUGCGUUUUACCAAGCUGAGUUGGCUCUAUUCUCCUGGGGUAUCUUCGCAAAUUUAGUGACAACUCCGUCCUUGUCCUUUGAAAUACGAGGUCCCAUUACUGGAUUCUUGUUCUUUUUAAAAGAGUUUGUUGUAAGAGUGAAAAACUUAAUUUUGACAUUCAAUCUAGACUACAAGGCAUUUGUUGCGAUGAAGUUGCAAAUGCGUCACAAUUAUGAUGAAUUGCAGGAUGGAGAAACAAACACAAAAGUCUUAGCUGCGUCAGUGAUGGCUUUGGAGCAAGGAAUUGCCAGUAUAGAGGAUAGAUUUGAGGCGGUGGAACUCUUGGAAACAGAUUACUUAGCACAUCUAUGUGACUUGAUCAUUCACGAUUGCAAGCAUACUAAUAUUCUCGUGGUGGGUGGUGACAAAGCAUUUGCUAUGGAAGUUUGCAAGCUAAUAAACAUCAUGACAUCACAUGAAAGAAUAUACUUGGCUAAAAACCUAUUUAAUUAUGUACCCAGUGUGACUUUGAGAUCUGGAAGAAAUUACAACCUCGUACUAGAAAAUUCCAACUACGAUGACCCAAAUGAUGUUGUUUACUAUUACAUCCAAGUAAGCUCCAGGCAAGAUGAGAAGAAGCGAACAAUUGCUCAGUUUUUGGCAUACCAUAUGAACCAGUUUGUUAGAUACCAACUACGAAACAGAAGGCAAAUUGGCUACCUAGUAUUUAGUGGAGUGAGAAUCAACAAGCUGACAACCGGUGUUUAUAUUCUUGUCAAUAGUGCCUCCUAUGAUUAUUCAAGAAUCCUACUGGAAAUUGAAGAGGUUUUGUUCGAAUGGGAGAUUCAAGUGCUCGCCAAGACCCCGGACCAAUUCAGUGAGUUAUUCGAACUGUUUGCCAAGAGUCUCGGCCUGAAAGAGCCUGAUGCUAUACCUUCAAAUAUCUCUGCGGCUACAAAGCCGACCAAGCAGAGCUAUAACUAUGCAUCAAAAGAACUGCAUUUGGCGUACUUUGAAAGUAUUUUAACCAAGAACUACGACUUUGCUCAGUCCGGUGGCUACAAACCCGUCAGUAAGGAUAACACCCAUCUCGAAUUAGCCGAAAUUGUAGAGUUUUUUAAAAGACUGAUUUCAAUAAAGUCUGCACAUCGAGCAACACUAUCUAUUCUUGUGUCAUCCAAAGAAGGGAAAAGGAAAAGGGUUUUCGAGGAGAACAAGGAGAUGUUAAAGUCAAUGUUGGUUAAUGGAGAUUACCAUUUAACUUCAUUACAAUUAGCUAGCUUACUCCACGAGUCACACAACGACGUGUCAAUAGUUAUACAAAAGUUGAGGAAUUUAGGCUACAAAAUUUCGCCAAAGCAUGGCCGUUCACUCUAUAAGAUCUUGUGGAUGAUAAAGAGUUUCAAAGUAUACAGUUCUAAGCAGCAAGAGCGAUUACAACGUAUAUGCAUUGCAAAAUACGGCAAAAUAUAUCAGGAUAGUCUUGGGAUCGUUCCUCACUUGAAAGUGAGAAAGGUACAGGAAAUUCACGCUGAGGCUUAUAUCAUGGACCAGAAGGAACACUUAAGAGAGUUGCAGGGAAUCUACGACCGGGAAAAUGAGGACACAGAUGACUUGAACUAUUUGAUAUAG